UGCUUACCCAAGGCACCGGGUAGAAGUAACACGGGAUGAUUACCGGUUCCGACCCUCAGAGCUUCAGUUCGAGGCACAACAGUCACUGUAGAAAUUUGAAUGCUGAAGCUGCUAUGAACCCACGUAAAAACAUUUGACUUCAAACAGCUGUUGAAGGUGAAGCGUGCUGUUUGUUCCGACGAGUCUAUUGCACUCGAAGAUAAACUCGAUUCCAAUCAAGCAAAUAAGGAGAAGAGACACUACGGGUUCUGUGUCGGAAACAUUUCGUCGUUUAUCUUCACGCACACUCGACAACGUAACGUCGGUUUAGAGUUUAGGAUAAUGUGGAUCUGGCGGCAAGUAUGUCGUCGGGUAACCAGCAGUGACAAGACAGCAGUGUGCUCGAUCGUUUAUAAGACUAGUUACAUACGUUCGAUGGUUGAUUGUUAAUUUUCUAUGAACUUGCGUUAGUACCAGUGUUAGUUGUUCAAAAUCAAUACGAUGAACGCGAUGAAUGCAUAUCAAGAGGAAACAGUUACGUCAGGAUGGAGAGAAACGAACAGAGGUGGUUACAAUGAAAUUACGCGCGGAUAAGUGUCGUUGUUGCGAGGAAUAAAGCUUUGAGAAAAUGGCAACAGCACAGGGCACUCCGGAAUCGGAUACAGGAAGCUUCGAAUGCUUCCAAAAUUAUACAGCCCCGGAGGUGUUCAUACAGGGUUUGGCUGGUAUCGUCGACCAACAGGACGUAGAAUCUAUGAUCAGGGCUCAGAAGCAAAUGUUGCAAAGAUUUGAGAAGACCAAUGAGAUGUUGACCAAUUGCAAUCAGUUGUCGAUAAAUAGAUUAAAGACCGCCGGGGUGGAAUUUAAAAAGCACACAGCUCUGCUGGUUGAAAUGAAAAAAGAUCUGGAUUAUAUUUUUAAAAGGAUUCGCAUUGUGAAGACCAAACUAAGUCAACAAUACCCUCAAGCAUUCAAUGAGGCUGUGAGAAGCAGCUUGGCGGAAGAAGUAAUUGUCGAGGAUGUAGAUUGCCCUGUAAAACCACUCGAACCUGAAAUAGUUCCAUUACCAACCACACCUCAAAAUGUUACUGACCGAGAUCCAGAUUCUGAUGUGCCGGUCGAGGAGUUUCAGUUUGCGAAGCUGCGGAAGCGACGCAUAAAGAGCAACGAUAGUUCAUCGACGGAGAGCAACAACGAUCACAGUAACGCCGAAACCUCGUCCUGCACGUCCGACACUGGUUAAGUUGCUCGAUCCAGAGAGACAUACAGGAAUAACGAAUAGAGAAACGGGAUGUGAAAGAAGAGGGGAACGGUCGAAGAAAGUCUUAACGAUAUACGCUUAAACGUUACCACGAAAAUCGUUAUAGCCGACAAUAACGAUGUUUCUCGUACGAUGAUGAACGAUCCUCAAAGUCCAAAUACGCCGGAUCGUUCGGUCGCGUGAAAGCAAACCAAUUGUUUGCGUGAUCGUAUUGCUGUAAAUCGCGAAUCUACGAAUAUUAUCAAUGUCGAAUUACGAAUAAAGCACUGUUUAUACAUCGCAGGAGAGUUAGUCAUUCUGUAGCGGUCAG